UCAUUGAUCCCACGAUCUCAUGAUGACCCCAGGCAGGUGACUGCUUGGUAUGUUGUUGUACCAUGCUAGCAAGCACCUGAUCGCUCAGGCUCAUUUCAGAACCAUCCCAAGACGCCUACUAUCAAUGUCUCUCACGUCUCCUGAAGCAUUCUCAGUCGAGAAACACGUUGCGAUCGCAGCAGUACGGAGAGCAUGUCUGGUGACUUGCACUGUGUUCAAUCAAUUAGUCCGAGACAGAACGGAUACCCUCAAGAAAGAAGACGAUUCACCAGUGACAGUCGGAGAUUAUGCCGCACAGGCGGUUAUCAACACUGUCUUGAGGAAUGCAUUCCCCGAAGAUCCUAUCGUCGGCGAGGAGGGUGCAGAUGCCCUCCGGCAAGGAUCAAAUACUAAACUGCGGGAACGAGUGGUCUCCUUAGCUACCAACGCAUUGCGGGAAGAUCUCAUCGACGGGGAGAAAGCGCAAUGGGGCUUAGGUUCUCAACACGAGCACAGUUCAGAGGCCCUGUUAAAGGCGAUAGAUGAAGGAAACGAUACGGGUGGUCCAAAUAAACGCAUGUGGACAGUUGACCCUAUCGAUGGAACGAAAGGCUUCUUGCGCGGUGGCCAAUAUGCCGUUUGUUUGUCUCUCAUUGUGAAUAGCCAGGUUGUGCUGGGCGUCAUCGGAUGCCCGAAUAUACAAAUACACCCUGAAAACCCUGAUGAAGAAAAGGGCUGUAUCUUCGUUGCGGUCCGAGGACAAGGCGCCUUUCAGAUCACCUUGUCUGGCACCAGUGCGAUUAAACUCCCUUUCUUUUCUUCAGAGAAGUCAUAUGUCCUGCAAUCGGAAGAGUCGAAGCACACGAAUAUACCAUUGAUUAGACGCGUUUCUGACGAGCUUCACCUUACUGAAUGGGGAAUGGAUAGCCAGGCCAAAUAUUGCUGUCUUGCCAGAGGAGAGGGCGCGGUGUAUCUUCGCAUGCCGGCGUCUACCAUCGGCGGUAAACAGCCUUACGAGGAGCGAAUCUGGGAUCAUGCCCCUGGAAGCAUCCUCGUUGAGGAGGCAGGUGGCAAAAUCACGGAUUCUGAGGGCGCUCCACUCCAAUUCGGACUUGGGAGGGGAAUGGGAGAGAAUCAUGGCUUUGUAGCCACAGUUGAUGAAGAACUCCACGCGCGAGUGAUAUCAGCUAUCAAGCGGGCUCAACUCGCGGAGGAUCCUAAAAAGACGAACCCUGCACUUUAAUAGAGCCCUCUAGACGAGGUGCUACUUCUAUCAGACGCUGGUAUAACACAUGGUUCCCUGGAUACCUCCUAGGGUUGCCGAUCGGAUAACUAUUGGAAAUCAAAUGACAUUAGCUGAGGGCGCUAGUAUUUCCUCAGUCAUCUUCUGAACAUCAAACUGGAAGGCGACCAUUAGUGCCCCGGCCUCCCACGGACGAAUUCAGACAUUCUAUUGGAAAUUUCAGUUGCAUUCCCUAGGGCGGUGUUGUGUAUGCUUGGCGAAUCAGCACUCAGCGCCAGUUUCGACCAGCUGAUCAGCUUAGCCUCCUGGCUAGCCAUGGUCGUACUAUACUACGUACUUAUUAGUACAGGGAAUGAUGGCGAAGUGCCUAUCUUAAGCUUC